CCUAAAUAAAUGAAUCUAAAAGCUGUUUCUUUUUUGUUGUUGAAAUGGCAGAUCCAGUGGUCGACCAAAUGACAAGACUGAGACUGAAAAUGCUGGAGAAGCGACUGGAGAAUGAGAGAAAUGACAACACUGAACGAGAGGGUUCAGCGCUUUCUACAAGAAGUAAUUAUGGGCAUGCAGAUGCAUUACACAGUGCUCUGAGAAGGAAGAGAGACCUCUUAAAGAGACUGAGGGAACAGCAUCUGAUGGAGGAUCUGGGAAGGCCACACACAUGGGGUGGAUCUCAUAGACAAUAUCAUUAUGAACCUCUUCAUGGGCCGCUCCAGCCUGUGCCUCCCAUCCACAUCCACCAAAAUGCACCAUCUGAACCCCAACCUACUCUACUCCCGCCACCUGUCCCGCAGGCCCCUCGAAUCAUUCAAAACACUAUUCCCCAACAGCCAGCUACCAUUAUCCAGCAGUUACCACAGCAGCAGCCUCUCAUCGCACAAAUCCCACCACCUCAAACCUUCCCAUACAGUUCAGGAAGCAUUAAAGAAGAUAUGGUGGAGCUGAUGCUCAUGCAGAAUGCUCAGAUGCACCAGAUCAUCAUGCACAAUAUGAUGCUGAAGGCUCUUCCACCAAUGGCUAUGUUUCCAGAAGGAAACCCCAGUCAAGUCACAUCUCUAGCCUCACAUCCAGGGCAGGAGCUUUAUUCAACAUCCAGAGGAGGAGCUGUCCAUCAUCACCAUUAUUACGGCUCCCACGAGAAACCUUUGCCUCCAAUAGGCUACUCUGGUUGGCCUUCUUUAAUGCCGACAGGGCAAGGAGGGACUUUUCUGCCACAUGGGAUUGGUCCUGUAACUCUGCCCCCCUUAAAUACUAUGGGAACUGAUGCCGUGAAUUCCAAGAUUCCCACUGGACAAUGA